GUGCACUGCAGGAACCUCCUGGACUGUGCAUGCUUAGCUGUGUGACUUUUCCAGCAAAUAUCAAGGUGGCUGAAGUCCCCCAUGAGAACCAGGGCCUGUGAUUGUGAGGCGUCUUUCAGGUGUCUGUAGAAGGCCUCAUCGACUUCCUCCUCCUGAUCAGGGCAGGUGGGCUCCUCACUGAUCCUCCCUGCUUCUCCCUGGUGUACCUCACACACCCAGCAGCCCUGCAUGGGCCGCUCCGAUGUGUGCUCAUCCCAAAGGCUGCAACUCAGCUCCUCUCCGCCUCUCGUGUGGGUCUGUUCCGUGGCCCUCAAGCACUCCAGUACGGCCUGCGGCAUGGCCGCCUCCUCACACAGUCCCUUGCCCGUCCGGGUGCACUCACUCGGAGCUGCUGGUGGCUCUCAGUCCUGCCAUUGCCCUCCAUGGGUUGCAGGGGCACAGCCUGCGUUCUCGCCAUGGGUUGCAGAGGGGUCUCCGGUCCGGCACUCCUCCUUCCUUCCUCCUUCUCUGACUGUGGGGUCCGCAUGGUCGCCUCCGUCUUGUACCACUCCUACACCUCCUACGAAACACUUCAAAUUCCCGCCAGAUUGGCCCAGCCAGGCUGGAGGUGGGUCUGAACCCAAGAGCUGGGAGAAAGUCCAAGAACUCAUAACCGGGUCUGCACUGCAGCCCCGUCCCCCUGUUGCCAAGCAAAAACGGCUCCUCGCUAAACCAUGACAGCAUCACAGAGGCUUACUCAAGUGUGCAGGUUUCCCUGGAUGGGUGCAAGAGGAUCCUCCACAGCUAGACACUCCCUUGGGGCAGUCAGCCUUCUGACUCUCAUCUUGGCAUGCAGGUGGUAUCAUGGAAAACUCGACAGAGCAAUUGCAGAAGAACGCCUUUGGCAAGCAGGAAAACCUGGAAGUUACCUUAUUCGAGAGAGUGAUCGGAGACCAGGUUCAUUUGUGCUUUCAUUUCUUAGCAAAGCAAACGUCAAUCAUUUUAGGAUAAUUGCCAUGUGUGGAGACUAUUACAUUGGUGGACGCCGUUUUGCGUCACUCUCUGACCUAAUUGGUUAUUACAGUCAUGUGUCUUGUUUGCUGAAGGGGGAAAAACUCUUCUUUCCAGUAGCACCUCCAGAGCCUGUGGAGGAUAGAAGGAGAGUUCGAGCAAUUCUGCCUUACACCAAAGUGCCAGAAACGGAUGAAAUAAGAAAUGUCACUGUAACUCUCUUCAGUUUCCUUAAAGGAGAUAUGUUUAUUGUCCAUAAUGAAUUGGAAGAUGGCUGGAUGUGGGUUACAAACCUACGAACAGAUGAACAAGGUCUUAUUGUAGAAGACCUGGUAGAAGAGGUGGGAAGAGAAGAAGAUCCACAUGAAGGCAAAAUAUGGUUCCAUGGGAAGAUCUCCAAACAAGAGGCUUACAAUUUGCUGAUGACAGUUGGUCAGGUGUGCAGUUUUCUUGUGAGGCCUUCAGAUAAUACACCUGGUGAUUAUUCACUUUAUUUUCGGACCAGUGAAAAUAUUCAGCGUUUUAAAAUAUGUCCAACAUCAAGCAAUCAGUUUAUGAUGGGAGGCAGAUAUUAUAAUAGUAUUGCUGAGAUCAUUGAACAUUAUAGAAAAAAACAGAUUGUUGAAGGAUAUUACCUUAAAGAUCCUGUUCCAGUGCAGCAUCAAGAACAAGUGCUUAACGAUACAGUGGAUGGAAAAGAAAUCUACAACACAAUUCGUCACAAAACAAAGGAUGCUUUCUAUAAAAAUAUCGUCAAAAAAGGAUAUCUUCUGAAAAAAAGCAAAGGAAAGAGAUGGAAAACCCUGUACUUUAUCUUGGAGGGAAAUGAUGCUCAGCUUAUUUAUUUUGAAAGUGAAAAACGAGCCACAAAACCUAAAGGAUUAAUAGACCUCAGUGUGUGUUCAGUCUAUGGAGUACAUGACAGUUUAUUUGGCAGGCCAAACUGUUUUCAGAUAGUAGUUCAGCACUUCAGUGAAGAGCAUUACAUAUUUUACUUUGCAGGAGAAACUCCAGAACAAGCACAGGACUGGAUGAAGGCUUUGCAGAUGUUUUGCAGUUUAAGAAAAAACAGUCCAGGGACAUCAAAUAAACGUCUGCGUCAGGUCAGCAGUCUUAUUUUGCAUGUAGAAGAAGCUCAUACGCUCCCAGUAAAACAUUUUACUAAUCCGUAUUGUAACAUCUACCUGAACAGUGUCCAGGUAGCAAAAACACAUAUCAGGGAAGGGCAGAACCCUGUAUGGUCAGAAGAAUUUGUCUUUGAUGAUCUUUCAUCUGAUAUUAAUAGAUUUGAGAUAAGUCUUAGUAACAAAACAAAGAAAAGUAAAGAUCCAGAUAUAUUGUUUAUGCGUUGCCAAUUAAGCCGAUUACAGAAAGGCCAUGCAACAGAUGAGUGGUUUCAACUCAGUUCCUAUAUACCACUGAAGGGCAUUGAGCCUGGAUCUUUGCGUGUUCGAGCACGAUAUUCUAUGGAGAAGAUCAUGCCAGAAGAGGAGUACAGUGAGUUUAAAGAGCUCAUACUCCAGAAAGAGAUGCAUGUAGUCUAUGCCUUAUCACAUGUUUGUGGACAGGAUAGAACACUGUUGGCUGGGAUUUUAUUGAAGAUUUUUCUUCAUGAAAAGCUUGAGUCACUAUUGUUACGAACACUAAAUGACAGGGAAAUAAGCAUGGAAGAAGAAGCUACUACUUUAUUUCGUGCUACCACUUUAGCAAGUACACUUAUGGAGCAAUAUAUGAAAGCCACGGCAACACGUUUUGUUCACCAUGCACUGAAAGACAGUAUAUUAAAAAUAAUGGAGAGCAAGCAGUCUUGUGAGCUAAAUCCCUCAAAAUUAGAAAAAAAUGAAGAUGUAAACACUAAUUUGGCACAUCUACUCAGUAUCCUUUCAGAAUUGGUGGAGAAAAUAUUCAUGGCUGCAGAGAUAUUGCCUCCGACACUGAGAUAUAUUUAUGGAUGCUUGCAGAAGUCUGUUCAAAACAAGUGGCCAGCUAAUAGCACAAUGAGAACAAGAGUUAUUAGUGGCUUUGUUUUUCUUCGACUGAUUUGUCCUGCUAUCCUGAACCCAAGGAUGUUUAAUAUCAUCUCAGAUUCUCCUUCUCCUACUGCUGCAAGAACGCUGACGCUGGUUGCCAAGUCUGUGCAGAAUUUAGCAAAUCUGGUUGAAUUUGGAGCUAAGGAGCCAUACAUGGAGGGAGUAAAUCCAUUCAUCAAAAGUAAUAAACAUCGCAUGAUCAUGUUCUUAGAUGAACUUGGGAAUGUUCCUGAGCUUCCAGACACUACAGAGAACUCUAGAACUGACUUAUGUCGUUACCUGGCAGCCUUGCAUGAGAUAUGUGUGGCACAUUCAGAUGAACUUCGGACACUCAGUAAUGAGCGAGGUGUAAUGCAGCAUGUUCUUAAGAAGCUGUUGGCUAUUACAGAACUGCUUCAACAAAAACAAAAUCAGUAUUCAGUGUCUAGUAACAUCAGGUAGCAACUCUCUACCUGCAUUCUGCAUGGAUCCAGCAUGUCUAACAUGGCAACUCACACAAGUAUGGCUCUUGCCAAAAAUAGCACACUGUCACAUUCCCAGUGAUAUGUGAACUAUGCAAAAAGAAAGCAAAGAUUCUGUUAGUGAAUGAUUGUACCAGCAGCUUUUUUAACUAUCUGUGCAGGAUAUUUGCACUUUUUUCCACUUGGAACCAUUUUUUACAGCCUCUGAGCCUUGGCGUUUCUGCAAAGAAAAUGCUGUGACUUUGAAAAUUAUUUUCAACUCCUGCAAUGGCCAAAGUUUUUGUCUUGUUGGAAAAGAAUUAUCAACUGACAAAGAAAUAAAUUGUUUUGACAGCUACAUGUAACUGGAUAUCAUUUUUUACUGCAAUUUCUGACUGGUUACAAUUAUUAUGACAUUUGACUGUUUCAAUCACUUGAACUUGUACGUACAAUUUCCAGUGUUUCAUGGUUAUGGUAAGAAAAAUCUUUUCUGUAUACUUUUUGUACUAUGCUGUUUCUCUUGAUGGAAUCAUGUCAAAAGAAUAUACAGAAUGGAUCUUCUCAGCUUUAUUCUUUACUGUGCUACUGAUUCAGUCCAAAUAAUUCUUCUGUCAUGGACUGUAUAUCCAUCCAGGUAAAUCAC